UCUGAGCUCAGACCUCACGUCCAGUCGCCUACGGCCUCUCGAUCUCGCCUUACCCUCUUGCGUUUCGCCUCUGCUUCCCCGACGCCUGCGACGGUCGACUUGAGCAGCAGCUUCACCAGCUUCCGGCAAGCCGUGCUACUCCUUCUCCAUCUCGCCAUCUCCUUGUCAGCGUCGACGAGCGUCCAGCGACCAGCGUCGACCAGCAAGCCGUGAGUCCGCCGUGUCCGUCGCUGUGCGUUAGUCCGUCCGGACUCCAGACGUCCAGCAGCGUCCACCUCUCCCCUUGCUGUGCCUGUGCGUUGAUUGUAGAAAGUUGAAGCAAUAUCUAAUGAAGAAUGGGGCUAAUAUCGGCAAGAAGGAAUUGCAGAUGUUGAUGUAUGGAAAUUCAAAUCGGCUAAAUGAGCCAUUUGGAGAUCUCAUGCUAAGAAGUGACGAGGGAUCUGUUUGCUAAGGGAUGUGAUCAUCUUCAUGCAUGUUCUUUCUCCAUUUUGUUAAGGGUUUUGAAGAGGUGCACCUUGCUUUGAUCUCCACACUUACUGUUCACCUCAGCGUACAUGCAUAAUAGGCUCAAACAAAUAUGAUUUUUUGACCCAUUUUUUUACUUAAUUAGAGGCACAAUUACUUAUAACAAUUCAUGUGAAGUUUUUGUACAGUCACUCCAGAAAUUGAAGAUUUUGACUCUAUUGUGGAACACGGGUAGUGCAGCCAUUGCUUCUGAGGUUAAUGGGAACUUAUGUGAAGAGUUGGCAUAUUUUGAUAGGUGCAGUUUUGCGUUGGAUCUAUUCUUGGUGAUGUUGAAUUAUGGUUUCUUGGUUAUCAACAAGGUUGUUGAACAUAUGCAUAGCUUCAAUGUGUAAAGCCCGGCAAUUGGUUAAAGCUGAAGUUGUGUUAAUUGAUGGUAUAAGAUUAGGGGUACUUCCAGAUGUGGUUACAUAUAAUACUUUAAUUGAUGCAUAUUGUCGUUUUGUUAGUAUUGAUGUUGGUUAUUCUAUUCUUCAUAGGAUGAGGGAAGCUGGGAUAAACCCAGAUGUUAUUUCAUACAACUCUUUAAUUGCUGGGGCUGCCAGGAAGUGCUUGUUGUCUAGGUCCUUAGAUCUAUUUGAAGAAAUGAUUCAAAUGGGUAUACGUCCUGAUCUUUGGAGCUAUAAUAUAUUAAUGGAUUGCUUGUUCAAGCUUGGAAAACCAGAUGAAGCAAAUCGUGUUUUUCGGGAUAUAAUACUUAGUGAUCUCCAUCCAAGCAAGGCUACUUUUAACAUUAUGAUUGAUGGUCUUUGUAAAAAUGGGCAUGCCAAUAAUGCUUUAAUGUUAUUUAGGAAUUUGCAGCAGCGUGGGUUUGUUCCUGAUAUAGUGACAUACAAUGUACUCGUGAAUGGGCUUUGCAAGGUUAGAAGAUUAGUGGCAGCGAGCAGGAUUCUUAAAGAGCUUGAAAUAUCUGGUCAUGUUCCAAAUGCUAUAACGUACACUACAGUUAUGAAGUGUUGCUUUAGGUGUAAGCAGUUGGAACGAGGGUUUGAGAUCUUGUCAGAGAUGUGGAGUAAAGGGUACACAUUUGAUGGCUUUGCUUACUGUACGGUGAUUGCUGCAUUAAUUAAGACAGGAAGAAUUAAGGAGGCAGAUUACAUCAUUCAUCAGAUGCAAAGGAGUGGCAUUAUGCUUGAUAUGGUAUCCUAUAAUACGCUAAUAAAUCGUUACUGUAAACAGGGAAGAUUAGAUGAUGCCUUGAAGUUAUUGGACGAACUAGAGAAAGUAGGCUUAGAGUGUGAUCAGUACACCCAUACAAUUAUAAUUAAUGGCUUGUGCAUAGCUGGCAAUAUUGAUGGCGCUCAACGACAUUUGAAUUAUAUGCAUGCAUUGGGAUUCAACAAUACAGUAGCUUUUAACUGUUUGAUUCAUAGCCUAGGUAAAACUGGUCAGAUUGAUCGUGCCAUGAAACUAUUUAAAUCAAUGGAGUUUAAAGAUGCUUUUACGUAUACCAUCUUCGUACAUAAUCUUUGCCGGGCUAGAAGGUUCCUUUGUGCAUCCAAGCUUUUGGCUUCUUGUUUAAAAUCUGGCUUUAGGACCCUCAAGGCUACUGAGCGAGCUGUUCUCAAUGGUCUUCACCGUAUAGGAUACACAAAUGAAGCUAGGAAAUUGAGAUCUAAAAUUCAAUCAGCACGACUGCGACAUUGAUAACUUGGCAAUUGUUUCUAUAUUAGAAAUGUAGUCCUUGAUGGCUGGGUAACAUAAUGCCUUUGCAUGAUUUAAUCCCCAUAACUUCAUGGAAGGGGAGACUAUUAUCAUUAUGCUACAAGACUGCUGCCAAAUAAUAUGAUUAAAUAUGUCGGUACUGCAUCUAGGUUAUUGAGCUUGGCCUUUUUGAUGUCAAUGAAUCAGUCCUUAUAUCAUUGAUGUGUAUCCAAGGAUCAGUUGGGAAUUUCACCACGACAAUCACGACUUUGACAGAAAUUGUUGUGGUGAUACUCAACCUCUACCCUAGAACUCAGGCAAAGAUCUCAGUGACGGCUUGUGAUUUUGUUGCUGGUAGUCUUCGUUUGUAGAAAUGAAGUGUCUUCUGUGGCUGGCUUCUCGCAAAAUCCAGUAAGAUUCUGUCUUCUUGUAAAUUUGGUUGACUGGAAGGGAAAUUAACUUCAGGCAAAGCCAAGGAAUAAUCCAGUGGUGGUACAUUGUAGGUCAUUUGGAUAUUCAUGUUUUUGGUUGGUGCAUAAAUCAGCUUGAAAGACAAAUGUUGAUAUAUAGAAGUUCAAGUCAGCAACGGCAUACGUUAGGAAAUAAUGAAGAUUUAGUACAGUACUUGUGCUGCUGAUGUGGUGAUUUGCAUCUGGACAACACCUUAUGGGAGUGUCAUUGUUCAUUCUGUUUCUCAUUUUAUCUGAUUGUAUCCGUUGGGAGAGCGGUGGAUGCAUCAAGUCAUGGACGUUAUUGUAAUGGUAAACUUGUAAAUGGUCACUUCUUCUUCUUGUUUUUUCUUUUUUCUUUUUUUUUUAUUGUUAUUUUCUUUUUUGACCUUAAUCUAGCCCUCCCUUAUGGGCCAGGAUUGGGGGACCCAGACCCACUCCCAUCACACACGCCCUCACCCAUCUUCGUUAUACCACAUGGGGUAUUUGAUCCCACAACCUCCUUUAGCCACAAGGCUCUAGCAAAAUGGUCACUUCAAUUAAUCUAAAUCCUAAAAUGCAUUCGUUUCAAA